CAAUCAGUCAGUCGCCAGUCGUUGAUGAAGAGCUCACGGUAGAGACCAAAACAAACCAAAAUACAAAAAGAAAAACAAAGUAAACGCAGCAAAAGAAAGAAAGCCGACGCAGAUCAUAGAUCACAUAAAUAAAAUCAACUAAAUCAAUUCGCGUAUUCUCGUGCCAAAAAUCGUAUUCGAAUCGAACCGAAAUGUGUGCCCAGCUGAAAGUCUUUGGAGUCGUGGUGAUGGUGUUGAUGAUGCUAUUGGUGGCGUGUCAGGCGCGUCCCAUGGAUCUGUACGAUGAUGUCAGCGACUUCUUCGAUGCCAUCUCACUGGACGAUGUGGCGAACACUGGACGCAACACGCAUCCCGAGCAAUUCUGCAUGAUGCCAGCCCGCAAAGGUGUUUGUCGUGCCUUGAUCCCCAGAUGGCGAUACGAUCCGGAGCAGAAAAAGUGUGUGGAAUUCAAAUUCGGUGGCUGCGAUGGCAACGAAAACAAUUUCCCCAGCUACAAGACGUGCAUGGCCACCUGCGAGGGCAUGUAGAGGGAAAUUUCGAAGGGAAAUUUCGAAGGG